AUGCUCAUUAUUCUGAACUCGAUUACCAUAUUAUUUCUACUUUACAACCCCACAUUGCCAUUUCCUCAAAAACUAACAGACACCGUCGCGGAGAAUGUCGUGCAAAUUGCCACCGAACCGCCAUCAUCAUCAUCAUCGCAUGACAACACUGUUCAAAUGGAGCUCGAAAAUUCGACUGAAAUUGCCGAGCUCAUUGCUCAAGACUACUUCACAGGAAGCGUGCUGGCUUGCGACAAUAAUACGGCGCCUGGCCGCUAUAUGGUGUACUGUAGCGGUCGAUUAUUGCAAGCGGUCAUGGCUGUGCGAUUAUACGAGGACUCGAAAACGUUUUUGGAUCAGCCGAUGAAGAAAAAUAUGACGGGCGAACAAAUAAUGAAUGCAUUUAACGAGCGUUUUCCAACUUCAAUUGCCAACCUUCAAAAGAAAGAUGUCAAAGAUUUCGUCAUGGAACAUUUUGACAAAGAAGGAAACGAGCUUGCCAACGUUAGCAUUCCCAAUUUCAAUUCAAAUCCAGCACGCCUCCAAAAAAUUCUCGAUCCGGAAUACUACAGUUUCGCAAUGGAACUUCACCAAUUAUGGAACGGCUUGUACCGACAAAUGAAGCCCGAAGUCGCUGAACACCCUGAUCGCUACUCUCUUCUCUAUGUACCGCAUCCCUUCAUCCUACCCGGUGGCAGAUUCCGCGAAUUCUACUACUGGGAUGCUUAUUGGAUUAUCAAAGGCCUACUCGCCUCACAACUCUAUCCAACCGCUCGCCACAUGAUACUCAAUUUUGCGCAUAUUAUAAAUACCCGCGGAUUUAUUCCGAACGGCGGACGCGUUUAUUAUCUUCGUCGGUCUCAGCCACCAUUGUUCGCCGCCAUGGUGUACGAUUACUACUUGGCGACUCAAGAUCGCCAACUAGUUGCUGACACGAUACCCGCCAUCGAGAAGGAGUUCCAGUUCUGGACUAAUCGACGCACCGUCAACGUGACACUUGAGGUGGAUGAGGGGCAAGAGGAGACAAUCAGCAUGUUCCAAUACAACACCGAAGCCGAAACGCCGCGACCCGAAUCGUUUAGAGAAGACGUUAUAAGUGCCAAGCACAUCAAGAAUCCCGACGUUCGGCGGCGAUUUUUCCGAGAUAUCGCAAGUGCCGCUGAGUCGGGAUGGGAUUUCUCAAGUCGAUGGUUCAAAGACGACAAGAAUCUCGAAACGAUCGAGACGACAAACAUCGUUCCUGUUGAUUUGAACGCAUUCAUUUGCUAUAAUAUGAACAUUCUGGCGUUCUUCUAUGGUGAACUUGGAAAUCCGAUCAAACAUAAUCAAUGGUCGACAAGUUACAAGCAAUUCCGUGAGCAAUUCACAAGGAUCUUUUAUGUGCAAUCACGGCGAGGAUGGUACGACUACAAUAUUCGAUCGAAAAUGCACAACGUCAAUUUUUUUCCAACUAUCGCCGUUCCACUAUUCACACAAUGCUAUGAUCCUUUAAAUUAUCGCCUGGCAGUUGAUGUAUACAACCAAAUGGAAGAAAGUGGCGCAUUUGGGUAUGAAGGAGGGGUACCAACAAGUUUGCAAAAAGGCACGGCGCAACAAUGGGAUUUCCCCAACGGAUGGAGUCCGCUGAAUCAUAUGAUGAUCGAAGGACUCCGAAAAUCGACUAGUCCAAUAAUGCAACAGAAAGCAUUCGUUUUAGCCGAGAAAUGGAUUCGUUCGAACAUGGACGCGUUCAAGCUAACCGGCCAAAUGUGGGAGAAAUACGACAUCGCUGAACCACGAGGGAGACUUGGAUCUGGUGGCGAGUAUGAUGUUCAGCCAGGAUUCGGAUGGACAAAUGGUGUUGCAUUGGAUCUAAUGGUGACCUAUGGAGAUCGGUUGAAAUUCAAGAAGAAAGUUGAAUUGGAGCCAAAUACAAUGGCAUGGAAAUCAACAGAAUAUGACGAAGAGAGCUUUAGUUCGUCGCAAAGUCUUUUCACAACAAUUCUCGUUCUCGCGUUUUCGGUCUUAUUCGGAAUUUAA